CCGCAGCUUCCCCUUCAGCGCCCGCAGGGGGCGCACGAGGCGGCGCCUGGGCCGCGCUCUGCGCUCCGCUGCUCCACCCUCGGUGACAGGCAGCGAGCAGGUAGAGUCUCAAUGGGAUCCCGGGGGGGACGGAGGCACCAGCGACCGCGCAGCCCUCACCUUCACCUUGUUUUCAGCGCGUCGUUCCGCUCGGCGCCGACCUGCUGCUGCUUUUUCACGGAACGGCCGCGACUUCUCCCGAGGCGCAACUUGCUGGAGUGAAUAAUAUUUUGGGAAGUGUUUCCCCCCCCCUUUCUCUUUUUGUACGCGUGUGUUUAGUUCCUCCAAGCCAACCGCGAGGGGAGCCGGAGCAGAUCGUGACACACCGGCCGGACAGACGCGCUCGCUCCCGAGCGCCGUGCUCGUACGUGUGCUGGACGGACCGCACGUGUGUUUACGCCGGUCGCCGCAGCCCGGGUUAACUCUCCUGCUGCUAACUAACUCCGGCAGUACUCAUACUAGUACUGAUAACUUACCCUCUUUUACUGCGCCGCCGAGGACGCGCAACUUUCAAAGACAAGGAGCUGCUUCCUUCCCACUUUUCCCCGCAACGACGUGCCUUUUUUUUUUCCCCUGCUCUUUACUUCUACUCUCGCUGCGCCCACAAGACGCAUAACCUACAACUUGUAAAAAAAAAAAAAGAAAAAUAAUUUUGAUGUUGUUUUUUUUUUUUUUUCUUUAUAAGCCCGACUGGAAGUACGCAGUGAUUUAUUCUGUUUUUUGUUAAACUCAAACCCUGGCUGAUGUCUGCAUGUGGGAACCUGCGCCUCGAGUCCUGCGGUGCCAUUUAUUAGACAUACUGCAGCAUCAUGCCAUCAUGGGUCCUUCGUGUUUCAUCUUAAAUUUACCCUGGAUUACCUGAUUGGAGCCUUUCUGGAGCGUCUCGAGCUCUCCAUCGCAAGCAGGGCUCCUGUCCCAGUGGGUGGCAACAAAGCUGAGCAUUUGACUGGAGCUGCUGGACCUGGACCUGGACCUGCUCACUGUACUCAGCGGAGGUGAACUUUGGUGGCAAAAUGUAAAGUUGGGAUAGAAACUAAGUAAAGUGACUGGACGCGGGGGCCCAACGGGGACCCGCGGGUUGAAAGCGUGCGUGGAGGCCAUGAGUGGGGCUCCUGCGUUUGAGGCUUGAAGAGAUACUCGCUCAACUCUUGCAAAGUAUAAUGAGGGUUAAUUUCCUCUCGUGUCAUUGAGCAGUGCUCUGAGCGUGAGGUAACUUACGGUCCCGCGCUCGGCUCGGCUCCCGAUGCGCGUGCUUUACACCGCUUGUGAUGCCUGAGUUGACGUGGGGUGGGGGGGGCAUGUAAAGUAGAUCUCGUGGAAGGGUUAGAAGAUUGCUGAUGCACCCCGCGUUUUGGAUGUGUCCACAUUAGAAGGUGCAGACACCCUACAGCGAGGAGGAGGAGGACGGGGACGGGACACCUCCGGGGCUCUUUGUCCUCCUGCAGUUUGUACCUCACCAUGCGCAGCCAGGGCCUGCAGCCGGCGCAAUGACCGCGUCUCAGCGGCCGCUGGCCGGGCUCUGGCCGUGGCUCUUCAUGGCAGCCCUGCAGAUGGUGUUGGGCCAGACGGGCCUGGAGCUGGCCGCCGCCGCCGUCGAGUCGGAGCGCUCGGCUCCCAAAGCGCUCAUCAAGGUGACGCCGCUGAGGCAGGAGCCGACAGGGAAGCCCAUCACGUUGGAGGGGGUGUUCGCCGGAGUGAGAGGCCAGGCUGAAGGGAGACUGAUGCAGUCCCACCCUCUGUCCUUGUGUAACACCAGCGAGGACGAGCGGCAGGACAGCGUCUUCAUCAGCAUUGUCAAGCUGGAGAGCCCCGAGCGCCAGGUGCCCCAGUGCCUCUCCCUGCUGGAGAAGGCCCGUUUGGCUGUGAAACGAGGAGCAAAGGCAGUCAUCUUCGACGUCACCGACGAUGCCGGCGCCGCGGUCGAGCUGCGCGAAGCCCUGCUCGCCUCGGGAGACUACCUGCUGGUGGUGCUGGUGCAGGCCAAGGACGCCGAGGUACUCAUGGGCCUGGUCAACAGGAACGAGGAGGCCACGGUCCGCAUCGAGGUCAUGGUCGAGCCGCCCAGAUGGCCCCAUUAUGACGUUGGCAUUCUGCUCACCGUGGUCCUGGCAGUGCUCGCCAUCAUUAUGAUCUUUGCCUUCCGGUAUCGCUGCAAGUCCAACAGGAACUGGGACUCUGUCCACCAGCAGACCAUGCGAGCCAUCAGCCGGCUAGAGACACGUACCUACAGCUCCGCUGGCUGCUCGUCUGGCCAGCGACACCGAGGAGGCCACGAGUCCUCGGGUAGCUCCAACUCCAGUCCCGUCUGUGCCAUCUGCCUGGAGGAGUUUCUGGAUGGGCAGAACCUGCGCAUCAUCUCUUGUUCUCACGAGUUUCACAAGGAGUGUGUCGACCCCUGGCUGCUGCAGCACCGCACCUGCCCCCUGUGCAUGCACAACAUAAUGGGAGCCGACCUGCCACCCCGGCAGCCUCAGAGCAGUCGACAUCCACCGGGCACCGAACACAGCCAGAGCUUCCUGCGCCACCACCCGUACACCGGACACCACGCCCUGCAGCCGCACGGCGUUCCCUUCACCGUGCGACACCACUACCCCAGAGUGGCGCCCGGGCAGUACCCCCCGCUGGACCCCCGAGUGCUGCGUUGCUUGCCCAGCCGACCUUUGGUGCCGAGCUCCUUUAACUACCACCUCCCCGAGGGCCACGUGACCCGGCCUCUCAGGACUAAUGGUGGCUGCCGAACAGGCCGGCACCUUGGACCCACCCACCCGCACCGGUCCUGCCACAGCUAUCGUCUUGGCUGCCCACCCCCCCGCAGCGCCUCCAACUCGCGGCUUCAGGUCUCCUCGUCCCGAGGGGGAGCCCACGGUCGGCAGGAUGAUGGUAGCUGUUCGGGGGGCAGCUACCGCACGGAGCGCAGCGGCUACUUCCCGGACGGGCCAGCGAGCGACUCGAGCUCGGGGCCCUGCCACGGCUCAUCCAGCGACUCCGUCCUCAACUGCACAGAUGUCAGCCUGCAGGGCGUGUACGGGAGCUGGUCCACCUUCCGUAGCUCCCUGAGUAGUGACUAUGACCCAUUUGUGUACUAUGGGCCGGGUCGGGCGCCGAAGGACAGCCUGGACGCUGGCGCUCGGCCCAGGUCUCUGGAUUCGGUGGUGAAUCGCGGUUGCCCUGAGGAGCAGGUGUUCAACCAUGUUCAUUACCACCGACAUCGACACCACCACUACGAAGACGGUGACCACAGCCAGGGCCCUGACCGGGGAGCCAGCGAGGAGCAGGGCACAGCCCUCUCUCCAGCUGUGGUUGCCGAUAAGGAGUCGCCCCGGUGUCAGGUCAAGCACGCACCGUGCCAGUGUCCCAUGCCGGAUCACUCUGACCGGCAGCCCCUUCGGCUGGAGAGGCCAGAGUGCGAACUAAGCGAAGGCCUGCCGGGGCCUCACGUUCUCGCACACCCGCCGUGCUGUCACCAGGGUGCGAGCCGCCACCACCGGCGGAAAAAAAGUACCUGCGUGCUGGAUUCCCCGGCGGUGCACUUCCACCAGGGCCUGGACCUGCAGGAAGACUGCAGCAUCCACAUCCAUUACGGCCAGCCAACGGGCUACUGCUGCCCCCCGGACGUGCCCCCGCUGGUCUCCGUGCCCCUCAUCCUGGACUCGGGACACGUAGCCGAGUGGCCUUGCUGCGGGGGUCAUGUGGUGUGGCAAAAGCGAGUGCAGCAAGCACACUCGGAGCCACAGCUGCAGGGUCCCGGGACCCAUCCGGACAGACCGCAGUGCAGGGGCCAACACUCUGGAGCGGAGCUUGGUGCUGACAUUUGCUUGUACUGCCAGAACAAUCAGGGGUCAGAAGAUGAGUCUGGUGUGUGAGCACACGGUUUACCCCUGUAUCACGCUGCUACAUGGAGCCACAGUGGACAGACAUAGCAAGGAUUGCUUCCCAAGAGUCUUCCGAGUAAUUCCACGCCACGUCGUCCUAUAUCCCGCAUUCUCCAGCCUCUCCCGGUUCCCCGGGGCGCCGUUCAGAGUCUCGCCGCGGUUCAAUGUUCAUUUUAUCUGCUAAACCCACAAAUGAAGUGUCCGAUUUGGCGGUCUGAAACCAUAGCUGAUUGAUCGAGAUUUAGCCAAUAAGUUGUAGACCGCCAGUCACACACAAUACAUAAGCUUUAGCACAGGCAUUGUGACAGCAUGUGUUACCUGUAGUAUAACACAACGCUCAGCAAUGUUAUUGGCUCUUCAUUCUCUGAAGGAAUGGAUUCUAGUAUUCAUUUGCAAUACGUGUUACAGUGAAAUUUAAUCUGUGGGAUUUCAGGACGGGAAUUUGUUAAAUUUUCAAACUCUGGAGCUGGGAGUAACCCGGAGGGGAAAACGAUCUUCAGCCGAGAGGGAGAAACGCGUUUCUACGGGGGCGAUCCGAUGCGUUUCGGUUUAAAGUUAAAAGCCCCACUGUUUCUCAUUGAC